CUCACACCAAUGUUAGCGGAGAACAUUUCGCCCAGCCAUGCUUCGUUGCCGAGCGAAGCCGAGCUCGGUGUUAGAUUUAGAUCCGGAAAGAGCCGGAGACAACAGACGCAGAAGUAGAAAGCAUAGAAAGGAGAAAAAGGAAAAGAAGGAACGAAGAGACAAGGUGAAGAACAAGAAGAACAAGAAGGACAAGAAGGACGGAAAGGAGAGAAGCGGCGAGACUAGAGGGGCACCAGCAGAAAGGGCACCGGCAGGAGCACAAGGAGGGCCAGUGGCUCGGCUGUGGAGACCUUGGGGUAGCCGGCCUAUUGGUGCUCUAUUGAAACCUGCAGUCCUUCCACCUCCUCCGCCAUCACCACCUGGAGGGUUGAAAGGGAUUUCCCUGGAACACUUCUGCCGGCAAUACAUCCACAAGGGCGAGUGCGAUUUUGGCAGGAAGUGCAAGUUCAUCCACUCCACAUUCUGCCGCAGGUACCUGCUGACAGGGAAGGAGUGUGCAUCCUGUGACUUCAGCCACUUUGACAUUUGCCCAGAAUUCAAGGCAAGGCUACCAUGCCCACGACGACAGCGAUGCCCGUUUCUGCAUGUCAGGGUUCCAGCGGAACUGUCGUCUGGAGUCCAUGGAGUGCAGAUGCCGAGCCAGUGGAGUCCUGGUGCAGCUUCGGUUCUCAGUGCUCCACCUCUCCCAGUUCUCCCAGCUCUUUUAGCACUGCCAGCUCCACCUGCAGCGCUGGCAGCGCUGGCAGCGCCAACCGAAGAGGAAGCAAACUGGACAGCCCCGGCAGAGAGCCAGCUGACAUCGGGCUUCGCGGAAAAGUACGGCUACGAGGAGUGGGGAGAUAGCGGAGUGGAAGAAGAUACGGACGGCGAACAUUCCAGCGACCAGAGCAGCGGCAGUGAUCUUGAGGAUCAGCAAGACCGUGCUCAGCCACGUUGGGCAAAGUCCAGUGGCAGUGGGACAGCUGGUGGUGUGGUGGAGCCUGGCAAGUAUGUGCCGCGUAAGGCGCGGGCAAAAGGAGACCCAGCCGAAGAUGAUGGCCAAGGUGACCAGGGUGGCGCGGAGUGCAAGGUGGAGAAGGUGGAGAAGGUGGUGGAGGCCAAGAUUGAUCGCCGAGUCUUCCACAAAUGGCGCGUCAGCUGUGCAAGGUGCCAUCAAGAUGUGAUGAAGGUGGACAACCACCGGAUAUGUCAUGUGGUGGCAUGCGAAGGAGGGAAGAAGAAGAGCGUAUGUGUGUAUCGAGCAUUGAGAGGCACUUGGCUGAGUACCAAAGAUGGUGGCCUCUUUGGUGGUGGUGGAAGAGGUGGCACUAUGCGACCAAAAAAGGGCAAAAGCGGACGUGUCUGCCAGACGAGGCUGUCAAGUGCCUACAAUGUGGCCAAAGCCAAAGACAGAAAGCGUGAACGAAGGAUUCUGAAAGGAAAAUUGCUGAAGCGGAACUGGAAAUACCACGACCUGGAAGAGUGCGAUCCGAAUGCUCCAGAAAUGCGAUUUGAGGAGCAAGUGCGAUUGGAGCGGAUCAUCCAACUGCGUGGUGAAGAAAUCAAGCGAGACGAGGCUGACGAAGAUGACAAACCUCUGUUGCAAUUGAUGGACAAAGCGACAGAGGCGAAAGAGGCGAAAGAGGCGAAAGAGGCGAAAGAGGCGAAAGACGAGGAUGACGAGGAUGACGAGGAUGACGAGGAUGACAUGCCGCUUUCGUCCUGGCUGAAGAGCCAGGACGACGAGGCGAAGCGCAGACGCCAACAUGACGCGAAGAAGCGCAAAACCGUGACGACCCGCCCUGCCCUAAAGGGGCCGCAGCUGACGCACGCCACGGGGGGUGCGCAAGGCUCUCCCCUAAAGAAAGCGAAGAAAAAUGCGAGUUGGGAGUGGAAGGACGGGACCUCGUGGAAGGCUUAUGCCGAGGAGGAGAGCACAAAGUUGGAACAUCUCUAUGCCACGGUCGGGGAGAAGGGCAAGGUCAUUACCACUGAGUUCUCUUUCAACCAGGAGCACCAGACCAAGUAUGAGCUGAACUUUGCAAAAAUGUCACAAACGAAUCUAGAGAGCAAGAAGUCCAGGACAAUCCGACGGAAAGGUGACGCCGCCGCUGUGGUCAAGAAGGCAGUGUGGGAGUGGUGGUCAGACAGCGACGAGUGGGAGCCCUUCAAAGAUGUCGAUGGGCAGCUCUUGGAGAAGGCGUAUGUGGCGGGAGAAACACCCUUCAGCACCAAAAAACUGAGCUGGAAUGAAGGAUACGACAGCCUCUACAUUUUCGACUUUACUGUGAUGACACAGGUGAACUGCGAUAGCAAGACGUCCAGAAAGAUUCAGCGAACAGCAGCUGGUGGUUCCAAGCUCUUCGGCCACAAGGACGGUGAAGAUGACGGCUAUGCUGGUGCCGUGGGUUUCUUGUCCGAGAAAGUGGGCGACACCAAGGUCAUGUUUGCUGGAAAGUUCGAACCUAGCUUGACACCUGCUCUGGUGGCUGAGCAGAAGAAGCUUGGCGCGCAGUGCUUGGAUCAGAAGCAAGUGGCGGGUUCUUUCUACCGGAAAUCCAUGCUGGUGUCUUUGAAUUUGCCUGCUGGCAGUCAAACUCUAGGCACUGCUGUACGAAGUCCAGGCAGCUGUUGCUUGGUCUCCCAGUCUGUGGGCUCGAAGCUUCGGGAGCUUCGGGCCUCUGUCCUCUUCCGCUUCAAGGCGGAGUUCGCAGCUCUUCCACGGCUGCUGUGUGCCCCAUUUCAUCACAUACCCACAGCAAAGCGCAUGUUGGAGGAGUUCCCAAAGUGGAAGGAUCAGGAUCACAAUCAGGCCUUCAGACUGGUCGGACUUUGUGGUACUUCGUCUUUGUUGGCACACGACUCAGAAGCCCCAGCGAAGUCUGUGUUCCUUGCGGGCUACAGUGUUGGUCCUCUGAAGGGUGUUCUAGAGAAGUUGCUUGGAAGCUGUGGUGUCCCUGCUGGAAAGGUCAAGGCUCUUGCUGCUGACAUCAUCAAACUUGCUGUGAAGUCAGGCCUUGAUUGUUCUGGCAUCCCUGGUGGAAAGAAAUGCAAGUCAGGACGUUCUGGCCACAUGCUCCAAAUUUUCUUGAGGAGAGAGUUGUGUGACCAGUAUGUUUAUCCAUCCUUUCCUUUUGGCAUGCCAGACAAGAAGAGGGAUAAGCCACUGAGCAAAUACCUCACACAGGACGUGGCCAUUGAGGGACAAGUGAGGAUCACGUUAAAUCCGGACGUCUUCUUGCGGGCAGGGAGCCACCGGUAG